AUGACGGAGAACGAGCGAGCCGCCAGAAGCCUCAAACACGUCCUGCAGAAACCGGGGAACCGCAGCUGCGCGGACUGCGGCGCCGACAAUCCGGAAUGGGGCUCCUGUUCUCUGGGCAUCUUCGUCUGUCUGGACUGCUCCGGAAUCCAUCGCAGUAUUCCCGACCUCGGAAAAGUCAAAUCGCUCCGACUCUCACGCUGGGAGGAUUCAGAAGUUCAGUUCAUGUCUGAGCGAGGGAAUGAUGCCAUGAACGCUGUCUAUGAAGCUGCACUUCCUGUUUACUACUACAAACCCACACACAGAGACUGCCACGUGCUAAGGGAGCAGUGGAUUCGGGCGAAGUACGAGAGGCAGGAGUUCAUGGAAAAUGGAAAGAAGCUGAUCUAUGAGGACGAGACGAGAGAUGGCAUGCUAAUGAAGAGGGGGCGGGACAAUGGACAGUUCCUGAGCAGACGAUUCGUCCUGUCGCUGAGAGACGGCACACUAAAGUACUUCACUAAACUAGAUGCUAAGCUACCCAAAGCUGUUCUAAAGGUGGACACCAUCAACGCCUGCUUCCAGCCGGACAAGAUCGGAAACCCCAACGGCCUCCAGAUCACCUACCUGAAAGACAACAUCACACGAAACAUCUUCAUCUACCACGACAGCAGCAGAGAGGUGGUGGAGUGGUUUAACUCCAUCCGUGCGGCACAGCUGCACUAUCUGAAGGUGGCGUUCCCUGGAGCCACGGACGCUGAGCUGAAGCCCAAACUCACACGCAGCUUUCGGAAAGAGGGAUACAUGGAGAAAACCGGACCACGGCAAACAGAAGGCUUUAAGAAGCGCUGGUUCACGCUGGAUCACCGGCGGCUCAUGUACUUCAAAGAUCCUCUGGAUGCGUUUGCUAAAGGCGAGGUGUUCCUGGGACACAGAGAUCACGGAUACCGCAUUACGAUCGGUCUCCCCGCCGGGACCCACUACAACGGGUCGUGGCAGUACGGCAUCACCAUAGAAACACCCGACCGCAGCUUCCUGUUCACCUGUGAAACUGAUACGGAGCAAAAGGAUUGGAUGAGCCAUUUCAAUGCAGUCAUCAGCACUCCCAUGAGCCCACAGGAGUACACAGUGGAGGCCUACUUCAAACAGAAACACUGAUGGCCUACGGAACCCUCGGUGUGACCCCUGACCUUUCACCUGUGACCUCUGCAGCUGACCGGCCACAGAUCUCACCGCUUGUGCCUCCGAUGUUUGUGCUUUUAAGUUGUUUUACACUAAGGAUUUGUUUGUAUACUGUAAUAUGAUUCUGUAUCAUUACAUCUUUUAAGAAUUGUAUCCCCAUAACGUUACAGUUUAUCCCCAUAUAUUAUAUUUUAUCCCCAUGACGUUUUAUUUGCAUGUCUGCAUUUUCCACAAACUGUUCGCUACCAAAUCUUGUUUUUUAAAAUCUUAUUAUUAUUAUUUUUAUAUUUUUUAGGAUUAGCCGCUCCAUCUAGUGGGGAGAUUAAGUUAUUUAACCACUGACCCUUCACAUGAACAUGAACAAUUAUAACGAUUUGCAACACAUUUUAAGUGAAAGUCAGCUCUCUAAUUCUAAACCUCCUUUUAUUCACAUAUUAAGAGACAGUUCAGUCAAAAAAUAUAAAAAAAAUAUAUAUAAUCCUGUCAUUAUUUAUUCAACCAAAUGUUAUUCCAAACCUGUAUGAGUUUCUAUCUUUUAUGGAUUACAAAAGGAGAUGUUUAGCAGAAUGUUCGCGCUGCUUUUUUUCAUAUAAUGACAGGUUAUGUUUAGGUGACCACGUUUAAAUUAAAAAAAAGCCCAAAAACAUUAUAAGUGUCAUAAAACUAUCCAUCAUGUCUUGCUAAAAUGUUCACACCCUUUAGUUUUUUAGCACAUCUUGUCAUGUUACUUUUAUAUAAACUGAUUUGACAAAAAAAUAAAGCAUUAUAGCAUAAUGUUACAUGGUAACGGUAAAAAAAAAAAAAAAA